AUGGACGCGAGAAGGGCAAGUUUGUUGGGAAGCCUGAGCCGCAAGUUCCAAGGCAAUGGUGGUGCCAUCAUCAACCCUACUAUUUCUCAAAGGGACAACAAUGCCACUCCGAAGGAUCAUGUUCGCAUCACAGUCGACCUUUGUGGCUGCCACAAGGUGCACUUGACAGUCCAUCAAACUGCUACGGUGGAAAUGCUCAAGACUCAACUUCUCAACGACUUUUUUAUUCCUUCAGAGUCUGUGCUCGUGCCUCCCUCGUUGGACGACAUGCACUUGUUUCUUCAGGUUCACAACAAUCACAAUCACAAACAACCCAAUCGUCCGUCCUGGCCACUGACAAAGCAGGAAUUUUCGUGGGAAGAUGGGGGGAAUGGGAACAAGAUCUUUCGGCGUCGCAAUUCUGUGGAAUCCACAACCAGCGCCACCGGCGCCACACGAAUAGAACUGCAACAACAAUCAGGAGAAUCCAUCUCGGCGAUUCUACAAAAUCACGGCCUACUUAACCACCACCACAAGGCAGUGAUGAUGAUGCUCCAAUUUCCCGUGAUUUUGAAAGUAAAGACCAACGGCAACCAACCAUCGGUGUUGCAGGUUCCACUCAUAGUUGACAAUAAGGAGGAUGAUCAAGUUUCAACCAUCAAACAAGCUCUCCGACAGCACACCAAUACUAUCCAACAACCACAACGCUUACAGUUGCUUUGGAAUGGCAAAGAACUGGAAGACUAUCAUCGAUUCUUCAAACUACUAUUCCACAAUAGCAAUACUAUUGAACACAACCACAAUCCACACUCAUUAGUAUUGGAGCUUCACAUUCACGAAUGGAUGGUGCACAUUCGGACAUUGCAGGGACAAACCUUCUCCAUGGGAUUGGAUGCUGACAGUGCCAUUUCCAGCUUGCAAGAAAAGGCCAAGAAACUAAUCGAGUCGUCUUGCAGCAAGAAGGAACGGCCCUAUGUCAGCGACACCCAUCCAAACAUGUCCUUGGACGAUUACAGGCUUGUCCUGGCCAAUGGCAAAACACUCGACUUGAUAUCAUCAUCAACAACCAGCGGCAGCGACACUACUGCUUGCCAAGACAUUGGCAUCUCCAACGAGUCGACCAUCUACUUGGUACUCAAAAUGUAUGAUCGACCCUUGUCAAUGGAGGACAAACCUCGUUGUACCAUUCCCAAAACGGAGCAUCGAGGGAUUACCAUUCUGCAAUUGAGAGAACUAGCCACCAGAAUGCUGUUGCAAUGUUCCGGAUGGAAGAGCACCAACCCUCAACACCAAGACGGCCAAUUUCUGUUACCGGAACAAGUCACAUUGUAUGAUUUAAUGCACCACUAUGUCAAGCCCCUCACGUCGGCGUCGGCGUGCAGCUAUGUGGAACUGGUGGCGACCCAAGAACAAAUCCCAACUGUUUUCACAAGGGAACUGCCCGUGGCGGAUCCCAAAGCCACACCUUUUUUCAAGGCCAUGCAGUUGACAAAUGGAACCUUGUCCAUUCUGGACAGUGGCGCUGUCUACUUUAGUCGGAUUUGGUGUGUUUUCGAGCUGCACAUGGUCAUGAACGAUCUGAGGAGACAGGGGAAGGACAAGAAGGAGCCAUAUUUCCAUGAUAUUUAUACUGUGGCUCGGGAUGACAAUGGCACUGCACGGGAACCUUCGGGGGUACUGGAUCAUAUAGUGCCAUGCAAUGAACGAUUCCGCCGGCUGGCAUCGUUCCCUCUGCACACCUGUCAUGCAGCUCUGGCGUUGAAACUGGAACAAGCCGUUGCUACGGUAGAGCAGGACCGGACCUUUAUCUUGAACUGUAUCAUCGGGGAGAAAGCAAAUAACUUGUACAAAGAGGCACGGGCUUGCCACGAGAAAUAUGAUCAGCUCAAUGCUAUGCUUCACGCCAGAAUUGCGGAAGCGACGUACUGCACAGCUCUACAGAACGGGGGCAACGAGCUGGGUGUCUUUCGACACGCCUUUGGUGCUUCUUCUCAUGGCCAACUGUUGAUUUAUGUGCGCGGUUGCCAACCCUUUCGCUACGACGCAAAGGCUCUCAUUGCAGCCCUUCCCAAUACACUUGUUGGCCUGGAGCUUGACAUUGGGUUUAUUGAUUUCGAAUCAUCGGAAGAGUUCUCUUCUGGCCUGAAUGCGUUCCUUGGACUGAGGCGUCUAAAGUUGGUGGCGUCGUGGUGCCAACACUUGACGCAAUGCAAUCAACUAUGGACGGCAUUGGAAGAGCUGCUACAGCUGGAAGAGUUAUGCUUGGACCUUUCUUGCUGUAAACGGCUCGCAUCCAUUGAUGGGCUCGGUGGGCAGGUACUUCCAAAGCUUCAGCAUUUGAAAUCAUUGGACCUUUCUGUUGCAGAUUGCGAGAGCUUGAUCUUGUGUCAGACUUUUUGGGAUGGUCUUGCCAGAGCUCACAAUUUGGUGAAAUGUGACCUCGAUUUCAGUUACACUCCACUUACAGCGGUUGCAAGUCUUGGUGCCGCCCUGGGCAACAUGUCGCAGCUGCAAACGUUGUCAUUGAAGCUUGAUGAUUGCAAUCUGAAUACCAUUGAUCCAAUCGUGAGCGGAUUCAGCCAAACAACGGGGCUGUCAACUCUGCGGAUUCGAUUGUCUGGAAACCGGAUGCUAUCUUCAUUGGAAGAGCUCGCCAAAGCCCUUGCAAGUCUUGUUGCGCUGGAAUAUCUUGAACUGGAUUGUUCCUACUGCAAUGCUUUGAAAUCUGUGAACCUCUUGCAACGCACAUUAGAAUCGUGCUCGUUUCCCCGUCUCCUAGAUUUAAGGUUAAUGUGCAAAAGGAACAAGUACUUGGAAUCACCGAACGUCCCAGCAAUUUCACCGGAGCGCAUGCCAAGGCUGAAAGUGCUCCAUUUGGACUUCUCCCACUGCCCGGGGGUAGCAUCAGUGGCAGGCCUGGCUCAGGGUUUCGGAUCGGUCUUCUUGCAUUCAUGGGAGAGCCUACUAUUGGACUUUCAGGGGACGGCAGUGUCUGGGGGGAAUGCCUUGGAAAUCUGCAAGGCCCUCCGAGGAAGUGCAAGCUCAAGCGCUGCUUGCAAGCCAGAGCUGAGUUUCAACAGUUUCAAAGUUACAUCAUGGGAUGAGCUACUAGCAAAGAGGUUGACUGAUGAGGAGCAAAGAUGA